UAUAAAAUAUUAAAAAACGCAAAUAAGUGCUGAGCUCGCAGAUUGCGUAAAAUGCGUCAUAUUUGUAUUGAAUAAUAUAUAAUAACUUAACUGCGUUAUUUUAAAACAAAAGUCAAUUAUGAAGAAACUGCAAAAGUAUUUGCUUUCCUUGACGAUUUUAUCAUGCAGCCUUGCUGUGACAAAUACGAGUCCUUUUAGCGCUCUUGAUGAAAUAUCCGAUUCGGGUGUCGCCCUGGCCAACGCAUCGGAUGAGUCAAGCAGCUCCGUUGAGCAACCUCUGAAGCGGCCCAGCGCUGCGGAUUUCUCGGACGAAGAUGAUGAGGACAACGAGGAUUAUCCACUGUAUACGAAUCUCGUAGGCAGGGAUCCGCAUAGCUGGGAUGUGCUUGUCUUUACGCAGCAAUGGCCUGUGACUACGUGCUAUCAUUGGAGGGAGGAGGAUCCAUCGCACGAGUGCACCCUGCCGCAGAAGAAGGAAUUCUGGACCAUCCACGGCAUCUGGCCGACCAAAAUGGGCCAAUUCGGACCGAACUUCUGCAACAAGUCCGCCGAAUUCGACCCGGAGCUAUUGGAAUCGAUUAUGGAUCGCUUGAAUACCUACUGGUUGGAUCUGGAAGGAGAAGCGUCGCAGGAUUACCUCUGGAAGCACGAAUGGCUGAAGCAUGGCACCUGCGCUGCUGCCCUUGAGGCGCUAAACAACGAGCUGAAGUACUUCGGUCAGGGAUUGAAUUGGCGCGAACAGUACGUCAUGUCCAAGAUCUUGGAUGACUCUGGCAUACAUCCCGACUCGAACAAUACAGUGAUUGCUUUGAACAACGCUUUGGUGCGCGGCCUGGGCAAGAAUCCAUCCAUCCACUGCUUAUACGAUGGCAAACACGGCAUUAGCUACCUAUCGGAGAUACGCAUAUGCUUCAACAAGUCCCUGGAGCUGAUCGAUUGCGAUGGCAUCAAGCUGGGCGAUGUGAUGGCGGUCAGAUAUCCAGGUGGCACCGUGAACACCAAUUGCCACAUCAGCAAUCCUGUCCAUUAUCCUAGCCUGGUGCCGCCACUGCAACGCAAGGGCGAGUGGAAAUUCCCCUUGGUCAACGUCUACAAACUGUUGCAGUUCCUCAUGUGGUUUACACUGUAAAGAACUACCCCAUCCGUCUCUCUACUUUCGAGUAUUUCCUCUGUUUGCAUCAAUUGUUAUAAUCCACAACAAAAAAGAAGCAUAUGAGAUCUUAUUACACUAUUUUUUUUAUAUGUAUACUAUAACUGUAUUAGAAGCAAAAAGCAACCUGAACUUGAGGCUAAAUUUUGAUGAAUCGUGCAAAUCAUAUCA